AUGAGGACACAUCUCCUCCUACUCCCGGCGGCACUCGCCGCCACUCAGGUGUACCUCUUCCCUGCUCCGGAGGGGCAGCAUGCGCCGAUGCUCAACGCCGAGCAGGCAAGCGCGGUCAUGUCGCACCACCUCGGCGGUGACAUUUCGGCACAGGACACGCCCAAGGACGAGGGCAUGUGGGCGCACCUCGUCAGCCUGUGGGACAACGGAGAGAAGCGACCUCGCGUGGUUAUCCUCGAGGGCGGACAUGCGCAGGACGUGCUCCCUGCGUCGCUCCCGUCGCCAUCGUUCUACAUCGCGGACGACGCAGAGUCUGUCCUCGAGCCGUUCAAGACGGCGGCCGCUGAGGCGCUGGAACGCGUCUCCCAGCUCCCCAUCGUCAAGCACCUUCUCGACACCCUCGACCUCGCUACCAGCAAGGCGGGCCAGACGCUCUCGCGCGAGCUGUCGGCACUCGUUGCGCUGGCUGACUCGUUGUGGUCGUUCACGAGCGCAGGGUGGGACGCCGUGUGCAUCCGCCUCGACAAUGCGGUCGAGGGCUCGGAGCUGUGGAAUACCGCUAGCCGUGGCGUGCAGGCCGGUCUGAAGAGCAUGACGCAGCCUGACUCACCGCCUCUUCUCGUGAUCGUCAAGGACGCACAGCCUCGGUUCCACUACGCGCGCCAGAUUGAGGAGCCCGUCGAGGUCGCCAAGAACAAGAGCCAGACCAAGCCCAAGUCCAAGGGCACCGACUACUCGGCGCCGUUUGUCCUCCUCACUGGCACUUCUAUCCUGCUGAUCCUCUUUGUGAUUGGUGGAGUGGCGCUCCUCUUCAGCAUCGGGGAGGAGUCGCUGCCAUCCACGCUCAACCUCAGUGUGGGCGGGCGGAAGCACGACUAG